ACACGGGAAAAGAGGCGGGGAAAAGUACACAGGUAGAUCGCAAACAGAGCGCACAGGUAGAUCGCAAACAGCGCUUGUAGUGACUCAGCUGCACAUGUAAGAUUAAAUAUAGGCUGCACAUCUGGAUGGGAACAUUUGUUGGAUCUAUCGGUGCGUGAAUUUUGAGCGGUACUCCAUUUGAGAGGAUUCAGAGGCGAGUUUUGAUUUGUGGGAAAGCUCUCCUGUCGACGUCGCUGAAGCUUUUCAUUACCAACAUGGAGCACUUGUCUCGGGGUGUGUGUGGCUAGGAAAUACCUGUCAACUACCGGAGUACUGAGAUAUUUUGAGAAACGAAUAAUUGAGAGCGUACAUUCAAGGAAGGAAUAGCCAUAUUGUGUGCGUGAGAUUAAAUUUUACUCUACUGGAUUCUACUUUGACUACAUUUCAGAGGCAGGUCGGCUGGGACAUGCUGAUGGACCAGGACACUCAGUGGUUGUACCAACUCCUGGCUGACGUCCAGCUGGAGAAGUUCUACCUGCGCGUCAGAGAUGGCCUCAACAUCACCCGCAUCGAGCACUUCGCCUAUGUCAAGGAGUCCGAUCUGGAGCAGAUAGGAAUCAGCAAACCUGCACAAAGAAGAUUAUGGGAGGCUCUGAGACGCUGCAAAACAAAAUCACGGUCAUGGGUGCCCAAGGUGUUAAGUGGCCGAAAUCCGGAUGGGGGGGAGCAGUGGAACGGUGGUAGCCCAGCUCAGGGUCAGGAGGGCGGCAGCCGGGCUCUGCCUUGUCUUAUCCAGGACAGUGAGCUGCUUCUGGGAGAGAAGCUGGGCUCCGGGUCCUUUGGGGUCGUGAAGAAGGGAGAGUGGUACACACCCACUGGAAGAGUGUUGUCUGUAGCGGUGAAGACACUAAAGAGCAGUUUUUCCAGGCAGACAGAAACUCUGACAGACUUCCUCCAAGAGGUGACCACCAUGCAGUCACUGGACCACCCCAACAUCAUCCGACUGUAUGGCGUGGUGCUCACACAGCCGCUCAAGAUGGUAACAGAGCUGGCCCCCUUGGGUUCACUUUACGACACCCUGCGCUCGCGUCAGUUUGAGUACCCUCUGGUCCGCCUCUGGCUCUUUGCAACACAGAUCGUGUCAGGUAUGGAUUACCUCGAGACCAGAAGACUGAUACACAGGGACCUGGCCGCGAGAAACGUACUACUGGCAUCCAGGGAGAUGGUGAAGAUCGGGGACUUUGGCUUGAUGAGAGGACUGAGCCAAGACGCAGACCAUUAUAUCAUGUCAGCACACAGGAGGAUCCCGUUCGCAUGGUGUGCCCCAGAGAGUCUACGUGUCGGCUCCUUCUCCCAUGCCUCAGACGUGUGGAUGUUUGGUGUCACCCUGUGGGAGAUGUUCACCUACUGUGAGGAGCCGUGGUUCGGUCUGUCAGGAAGACAGAUUUUAUGGCGUGUGGAACGUGAGGGUGAGCGACUGGAGAAACCGCCUGAUUGCCCCCAAGAACUUUACACUGUCAUGAGGAAGUGCUGGGCCUGCAGUCCUUCUGACAGACCCACCUUUGGCCAGCUCAUAGCAAUGGUGGCAGAGGCCAAACCAAUGGAGGUGCAAGCAGCAAGAGACUUCAAUGAACCCAAAAAACUCGUACUUGCGGCCAACGACCUUGUGACCGUCAUAGACCAUGGGUUGGAGCUGUGUGAGUGGAGAGGACAGAACCAGAGGACGCUGAUGGUCGGCUGGUUUCCUGCGAGCCUCACCAUGCCGUUAAUCCCUCCUGCCGCCGCCGGCAACUCCGGGCCCACCCCUGCUUCUGGCUCGACUUACAUCUCAGCCCCAGUGAAGGGCAGCCUGCAACACAAGGGACACGGAGACGUCAAACUCGAGCGCUGCUGGGGGACACCUGAGAGCCUGGACGACAGCGGCAGCUGGAGGUUGAAUCCUGCCAGGGAGAAGGAGAUCAGCAAUCUUCAGAGAAUGGCAGGUGUCUCCCGGAGCCUGGAGUCAGUCGUGAGUGGACAUCGGCCUCGGGCCCACACAGUAGGGACAGUCAGAGUGGAUCAGCAGGGCAGGCUUGUGCCCCCCGUGAUGGCAGCUCAUAGUAUGGUGAUGCAGCAGGACCCACGCCGCUUUAGCGAGGCCAGCAUCCUCCCUCCUCCUCGGCCGCCACUCCCAAACCUGAAACGCCUGAACAUGAAAUCCCAGAGAAGGCCCCAAGGGCACCCGGUCCCGGGCACGUCGUGGCCUUCGCAGGUGAACCUGACCCCCGCAGCGCAGAUUCAGCCUCAGCCUCAGCCUCAGCAGGGCUUCGGAGGCUCCAAUCUUUCUAAAAUGGCCCACAUGGCACGCUCAACCCCUCAGCUGGAUGACUACACAGACAACAGAGAGAGGGAGCGAAACAGAGAUCGAGAGAAGCCGGCUCAAGUGCAGAGCACGAGAGACGGUCUCAUCUCACAGGUGAUGGAGGCAGUGCACGGAGUGACCACUGAAGAGGUUCAGACUGCGCUUCAACGCAAUGACUGGAACCCAGUGCGAGCUGAGCAGCAGCUCAAGCUGGAGCAGCUGUACUCACUGAGCCUCUGCUCCAGGGAGGACUGUCUGAGGAUCCUCUCCAGGUACCAGUGGAACUUGCAGCUGGCCAGUCGCUACUUGAUCCGAUGGUCACGGGACGAGAGGGAGCGACCUCCAGCCAGCACGGAGAGACGAGUUUGAAGAUUUUGCUGCUGGUUUCUAAUGCAUUGAUGGAAGCAUCUUGCCACACUCUGACUCUGGAAGCUGCCACGUACACCUUGAUAUGGGAACAGAUGGGAGGUCCUGCACGUAUGAAAGCAGAACAACGACGAUGGUUGAUUGAUGAAACGGAAAAACAUAUCGAAACACAGGAAUGUUUCUGACUACUGUUUUGAACAUAUUUAAUGACACAUCAUCAUCAAGAUAUUGUAUUUUUUUUUGCAAAUGGUUUUUAUAUCUUAAUGAUUUUGUAUAUACUGUAUUAGAAAUUAAUGUAUUAUUGAAUAAAACUGAUGAUCUGGUCUUAAUGGUGAGCUGCCAUGUGAUAAUAACAGCAGUUUAUUCAUUUGGUUCGUUGCUAAAAGUGCACCAUCAUGUAUCUGCCGAUAGCAGAUUAUUCUCAGCAGACUUUGGUUUCUCUUUGCUGGGUUUUAAAAGUCAUGUCACAGUGUUGCAGACAGCUGUCAUGUAAUUAGGUCAAAGUGCUUUACAUUGUGUAAAUUUAAAAAGGAACUGAUACAUCAAAGUCUGUUUGGAGCUCUCGUGAGGGAUCACUGGGUAUGUGAAAAAAGUUGAACAAGCCUUUUGAGUCACCUGCAGUUGGGGCUGAAGACUACAAAUAGUAUAGUAUAAUAUACUCCAGCUGUGGAGUGAGGUUACCUGACUUUUCAUAAUGCAGGGCUGCUGGAGUGGAGUGGACAGCUUCAAUCGCGGACGCACCACCGGCGGUUCAGUUGCACUGUGGGUAAUAUAGGCGCCGUGUUAAUAAGAGGCCGCUAGGGGCCCUACUAAUAUCACACACCUGAAUCUAUGUGGACUGUUGACGGUUCAGUUGCAUUCUGGGUAAAGUAGGCAUAUGUGUGUGUCUAUAUAUGCCGGUCUUGUGUGUACUGAAUGUCUACUGAAUGUAUCACAUUACAUAAAUUGUAACUUUUACAAGUCAAAA